GAUGGGGGAUAGCGAUUGAAAAGAACCCGGAGUCAGAACAGGACCCAGCGUCCAUCGUUUCUUUUGGCACUCUCCUUCCUCGAGUGCUCUCCACGAUGAGGUUGUCGUGUCAUGCCUUGUGGACAGUGUGCUGUGGAUUAACGGUGUGUGUCAUGUCCACUCGCUCUGAGGGCACGGCGCCUGACUUUUCGGCAUGGUCCGAGGUGGUAUCGACACAUAUCAAGCCCGGGGAAUCGGCUGGCGUCCCAUUGAAUGUGGUGAAUUACACUGGGAUUGCUGCUGAUCCGAACUUCCAGGCAACUCUGGAUCUGGUCGCAAAGGCAUCAGUUGGCAAUCUGACGCGCAAUGAGACCUACGCUACGUUUAUCAACAUCUACAACCUGUUUGCCAUCUCCAUGGUCAUACACCACCCGUGCAGCAAAUCCAUCUUUGGCGGAUCAUGCUCGCCCAUCAAGAGCAUCAAGGACAUAGGAUCACUCCUAAGUCCUGUUUGGAAGAAGACGGCGGGCAGCGUUGGUGGCAAGUCCUACUCGUUGGACGACGUCGAGGACUUCCUACGUAACCCGGCCCCGUUCAAGGAAGAUCCCAGGCUGCAUGCCUGCAUUGUGUGUGCUUCAAUCUCCUGUCCUGAUGUUCGCACCGAGGCAUUCCAAGUCGAUAAACUCGACCAACAGAUGACAGAUCAGAUGACAAAGUUCUUGUCAAACCCGAAGAAAGGGAUGUCAUUGAACAUGUCAACGAAGACGGUUACGCUCUCUCCCAUAUUCCAGUGGUUCGCGGCUGAUUUUGUCUCGGCUGCCGGAAGUGUCAAGAACUUCAUCUUGCCAUUCAUCGCUGAUGCGGACGUCGCUUCCUUUGUCCGCGGAAAUGACGUUACACUGGCUUACUUCGACUAUGAUUGGAACUUGAAUGGUGCAGCUCCGUGUCAAUGUUGAAUGGUGCAGCUCCGUGUCAAUGUUGAAUGGCGCAGCUCCGUGUCAUUGUUGAAUGACACAGCUCCGUGUCAAUGUUGAAUGGCGCAGCUCCAUGUCAAUGUUGAAUGGUGCAGCUCCGUGUCAAUGUUGAAUGGCGCAGCUCCGUGUCAAUGUUGAAUGGUGCAGCUCCAUGUCAAUGUUGAAUGGCGCAGCUCCAUGUCAGUGUUGAAUGGCGCAGCCCUGUGCUUAUGUUUACUGGUGCAGUGUCACUGUUGAAUUAUUAUGCUAGGUUUCAGCGUUAUCGAAUGAUUCGUAAUGAUUAUUUCUAUCCUUUAUUAUUGAAUUCGUUUCCUAUCUGAGUACUGUAUAGACGGGUCUCAAAGUGACCGAUUGAGUCCCCCUUCUGCUGCUACAUAUUGACUUGUGUACUAGUACACUUUUAUCAAAAUGUUUGUGCUUCCAGAUCAGCUUUAGGCUAUUUUUCAUUUCCUAUGGAUUACGAUGUAGACUCCAGUACUUGUAGAUCAUAGAAUUCUUGUUUCUGCGGGAUAACAAUAAUUAUGUAGUGGUUGUACAUGUACAUGAUUGGGCUUUUUUUAAUGACUAUGAUAGGACACGAGUACUUUCUCAUUCGGAUUUCCCGACUACCGGCAUGUCGACUGAAGUUAACAAUGAACAUGACCGGAGUUUCAA